AAGCUCUUGAAACUACACCAGCAAGAUUUCUGAUUCCAUUAUGGCAAACUCAGGACAAUUGGAGAAUAAUGAAGAUGAGCAGUCUGCUUCAUCUGAACCUCCAGAGGACAUCAAGGACUGGAAUGAAGACCAUUUGAGGCGGUGGUUGCUUCAGAGAAAAGUAGACAAAGAUUUAACUGAGCAAAACUACGGAGCAAAACUUAAUGGAGCUGGUCUUCUCAGUUUACUGAAAUCUUACAGUAAAGACCUUAAAGGCCAUUCAGUUAGUGCAAAGACACUGAGUAUUCACGAAUAUGAUCAAUUAAAACAAAACUUGACUUGUAAAUUGAAGCCGUACCCUUUCAGAAGAUUUGAUGCUGCUCACAGAUACCAGGAAAAUAUCAUUCUUGAUGUCACUGAAACUGGUCCUAAAGACCUUGUACAACCAUGCCAUGAAUUCAAAGAAUUCACCAAAAUAACAAAAGAGAAUGAAAUGACAAAAUACACAUAUGAAGUAAUUCGAUUUGCAGCAGCUUGUAUGAACAGCCGCACCAAUGGUACCAUUCACUUUGGUGUGGCAGAUAAACCACAUGGACAAAUUCUGGGUAUCAGUAUUCAGGACAAAGACAGUUUUACUACACAGCAGUCAAACGCGAUUGAGAAACAUUUUCAGGAACAGUUUGUUAAUAUAGCAAAGAGGUGUAUUAUGCCUCCUCGAUUUGUUGAAGUUCUCAAAGCUGACAUGACAUCCACUGGAAAAUAUGUCAUUGAGGUGGACAUAGAACCUUCCUUUAUAGUGUGUGAAAAUCAUUAUUUUCAGACUAAUAAUUUAGACAAAAGAGAGAACAAGAAUCAUGGCAUGUCUUUUUAUGUAAGAGACGGCAGCAGCAGCAAGAAUCUGAUUAGGUCCAAUUCCCCUGAAGAGUAUUAUACUCAUACUGCUGACCUGUCAAAGUUGUCCCAGUUGAGGAAGAAUGCUGAGGAAAAGCAUCUCACUGAAGUCAAAAACAGCGUUCAAGGAUCAAAACUAAGUGAGAUGAUUACAGGAAGAACUCACUCUUUAGACAAGUCACACUUCUCAUGGUAUGUUGUGGUAGCUGACAAGUCCCAUCGGGUUCAGCUGGAAAACCUCAAGUUCCUGAUUCAUAUGAAUCUGAUGGCUGUUCUAGAUUUUGAUCCAGAAUCUGCUAAAAAUGGAUUGAAUUCACUAUUUAAAGACACAGGAACAAAUAGUCAUUUACCAGCUGAAUAUACAAUUACACAAACAGUUGAAGACACUGCAGACAAGUUAAAGCUGACCAGAAACACAAGUUGGGUUUUCUGUAAUGGAGGCUUUAAUAAUGAAAGCCCAUCAAUUGUUCAGAAGUGGUCGAUUGAGAAAGGAUCUUCGGUGCGAGAUGUUGUUUCUUUCCUGUGCCGAAAAGAUGUGAUGCCCACCAAGAAAUUUCUCGUCAUAUUCUUGCUGUUAAAUCAAGUGACUGAUGGAAAUGACCCUAUGCUGGAGACAUUCCAUAUGUUUUAUCAGGCGCUACAUGGGGGAAAACAAAUCUUAUGUAUCUGUGACAAUGAAACGACAUACAAUCUCUGGAAGGAUCUCAUCAUGGGCCGUUAUGGAGUUGACAUCUCCAAAAGAUGCAUUUCUGAGUUGAGUUUUACUGAGAUCAAUGGAACUGUGCUCAGUCUCUGGUCAGAGAAUCGUAAGUCAGACCGGUUUCUGCCUGGUGUUGGUGGCAGUAAGGUUGUGUUAUCAAAGAAAACUGAGGACACGUUAGAUCUGCUGAGUAUUCUCUGUGUCAACCAAUGUGAUGGAGGAAAUGAGGACAAACAACAACAUGAAGAAAGGUUUUACAGAGGAGGGAAAGUGUCAUGGUGGAACUUCCACUUCUCUGAACAGGCGGGAUCAGUGCCAUUCAUCAAACGGGACAAGUUUGAGUACAUUAUUGACGUCAUUAUUCCAGACCUGCUCAAUAUGAAGAGAGCUUGUGUGUUCUUCAACAUCUUCCAUCUUCCAGGGUGUGGUGGCACGACACUGGCCAUGCAUGUUCUCUGGACGCUCAAGAAUAAAUACCGUUGUGCAGUGCUGAAGUACAAACCAGAUGAUUUCACCAAAGUAGCCCAUCAGGUAGUGCAGUUACUGACAUAUGAGACAAAAGAGCAACAAACCAGACCCCCGGUUUUGCUCAUGAUUGAUGUCUUUGAAAACAUUUCUGUUGUUGAAACGCUUCAGAAGAAAAUUGAAGAAGAAUGGAAGAAAGAAAACAUUUUUUCAAAGUCCCCACAAGUCAUUCUUCUCAAUUGUAUGACAGUUGAGUCCCGUGAACAAGCUGAAGAAAAUGAUGACUUAGUUUUCCUUGGAAAAAAUUUAUAUGAGAAAGAACAGAAACUCUUUGAUGAAAAGUUAAAAGAGCUUAAGAGAACCUACCCAAACACAGACACAUUUCAUGGGUUCAUGUAUCUACAGACAAACGGUUCACCUGAUUAUAUUAAAGGUGUUGUGGAAAAUACUCUGAACGGCUUCAACUUUCAAGACGAACACGCUCAAUUGUUUGCUGUUCUUGUGCUUCUGAGUGUUUAUUGCAGGAAUGUACUGCUGUCAGUCAGUGCGUGUGAAGAGUUUCUUCAUUUGCCGAUAACAGAAGACUGUCGAUCCUGCAAAGCUGAAGAUGGAUUCAAGGAGUUUUCCGCUCUUUUGACCAGAUGCACAGCAGCUUCUAGCUUUGUCUUUGAGGGUAUGAGGGUGAUCAAUGCAUGUGUAGCCCACCACUGUUUGGACGAACUUGCAGCUACUCAUGAAGUGACAAAGGCUGAUAUCAUGAACACACUUCUCACAACAUUUUUAGGUUAUGAUUGCUUUCUGGGGAAACAAAAACUAAUGCAGGAUGUCCGCAGCAUGUUAGUGAAGAGGCAACAUUCAACCAAGGGUGAGGGCCGUUUUUCACCUCUGAUCCUUGAUAUAAUGAAGGAGACCCCAGGAAGAGAAGAGACCAUUUUACUAAAUGCUGCAAAGGUCUACAAAAAGGAUGCAGUAAUAUUCCAGCUCUUGGCCAGUUAUUAUUACUUAAAGAAAAGAAAAGAAGACUUCAACGUGGAAUAUGAAUGGUCUUUUGCCUUCGCCCAUUCAAAGGACAACUCAAACAUAUGUGACACAGUGGCACGGGUACUUAAGGGUGAGCUGAGGUAUAAGUUUCACCAGGACAGAGAUGAUCCCAUAAAGCCAGACAGUCUCGAGAAGUAUCUCACACUGGCUGAGUCUGCAACAAACGCCUGCAGGGAAUCACAAAAUACGGCACGCAAAGAGGGCAUGAUUCAAUUUCAAAGACCAAAUUAUUAUGACACCUACAACACAGCUGAGCAUCUUGGUGAACGUGAAGUGGCAGUUAAAGUCAUAGAGAUACUGCAAAAGACCCCACCGUUUACCUCAGAUGAUCAGCUUCUUGGUCAAGUCCUGUCAGGGAAGAUGAAGAUUGAUGAUUUGACAAGUAAACAACCUAAGCUGAAGGAAUAUUCUGAUGUGUUGAAUAAACAUAUGCACUAUAUUCUGGACCUCAAGCCAUUUGUCUUUCUUUACAAUUUAAAGAGGGAAGACAAACUAAAGGAACCGUCAGACAACAAAGUGAACAAGACACUGCAAGGUCUAGAGAGGAUCAAGGCUGAUUCCCUCUACAGGAAGAAAUCUGCAUCGGUUUUAAAAAGGUCAAACAGCAGCACAGUUGUUUUCAUGUCAGAGAAAGACAAUGACGUCAAGGACACCAUCAACUUCACUUGCUGCAGAUUAAAUUUCACCAGCGUCAUCUCUAAAUGUGAAGUACAACAGGUCCCACCACAGCCCUACACUAACAACUACUCAAAUGAGUGGAAGUCUGUUGGAAGUCUUCAAUUUUUUGCAGAAAAAGAGAGGUUCAAAAAGCUUGAUAUCGUAUAAACCAGGGCAGAACAUCUCCACUGAGUGGGACAAUGAGAAAACAUGGAAGCAAGUUAAAGACACGGGUAAACUUCUCAGAGCGUCUGGUAAAAUACGCAACCACUGUAUUUCGGUUGGAGAUUCAAACGUUGUGGUUCAUCCAAUGUUCCAGAGCCAGUUACCCAAAGCAUUUUUAUUGGAUUCUCCAUGAAGGGACCAGUUGCACUGGACAUUGACUUUGAGUCAUAAGGUUCUUUUCAAAGGUCUGAUCAAACCGAUCUUACUGACGUGAAUAAAAAUGCUUUUUCAACCAUUCUCCAAUUCGACACACAAUGUAAUUCAAGAAGUGAAAUUAGAGCUCAUAAACCUCUGAGAAGUUCUGUUGUUGCACUUCAUUAUUGUACUGAACAUUAUUUAACCUUUAUUUAUAAACAGUGAUCUGUUGUUAUUUUCUUUUUGUUGUUAUUUGUUGUUGUUACAUUCUUUUUUAAGGUUCAGUUUUAUUUUUUGAGAUUUAUACAUGCAGGAGAAAUGCCUGACUGUAUUUUCAUAUUUAGCCUGUGUGGUUACAGAUAUAUACAGCAUAUAGAUAUUCAAACACGCAUUUACCACAAACUGUUUACACUCAUUUCUAUGUCUAAUGUUGAUUUGUACUUUUCACAAAUACAGUACAGAAUAUUUUUUCUUUCAACAAAUGGUUGAUAAGAAAGUGGUAAAUUGCAUGAUCAUGAAGUGUGUGUGAUUGUUAUCAUUUAUAUUUAUAUGUUAUUUUUAUCUAGUUAGUUUGGUACUGUAUGCUGGUGUGUGGAUAAUGGUAAAGAUAUAUUUCCUCAUUUGUUCAAUCAAAUUAGGUAAUAACUUGUAACAGAGCUGAAUUAUAAACUUUAACACUGCUAUCAACAUUAUUUGGGUAAAACGUAGCCGAAUUACGUCUCAUCAGGGUUGCAUGUAAAUAUUUUGGUAUGAUAGCUUCAUUCUAGGAUAAUAGUUUUUAAAACAUAUUUAGUAGUUCUUACCACACGACAGACAAAGGGUUUGGGAUGCUCAUUACUCUCAUUACUUGUGCUUAUUCUUGUUCACAGAAUGUGCCAUAACAUUUUAUGUUUUGGUACUGGUUGUUUACCUUUAUUUCUAGAAGGAACAGCUUUUUUGUUACUGUUCUUUCAGGUCUUUAUAUGCCCAAAGACAUUGUUAAUAAAGUGAUUUUCUUGUUUUUUUGUCACAAGAUACAACAGAGAUUGCUCAAUAAAUAAACUCUUAAAGGCAGAAUGCAUCGUUUUGUUCAGAAACAAUUUUUGUCAUGCUGGUUGUAAAUCUCUUCACAUCCUGAUAGCAAUCAA